CACACACUCAUUCGCUUCUUCCUCUGCUCGACUUCUUCACUGCUCUUUCUCUCUCUAAUCAUACGAGAAGAGGAGAGAAAAAGCCGGCAGGAUUCUCAGCCCUCUCUUUCAGAUUUGCAUUUUCUUUGAAAGAUAAAAACAUCAGCUCUGUCAAAUUCAACACACCAACACAAACAUGCAGAAAGCGGUGUUGAAGCUGGAAUUACACGAUGACAAGGAGAAGAAGAAGGUCAUGAAGAAAGUUUCUGGAUUUACAGGGGUCGAGUCGAUCGCCAUGGACAUGAAGGACAAGAAGCUGACGGUCGUCGGAACUAUGGAUCCGGUGAAUCUGGUGGAGAAGCUAAGGAAGCUGUUCUCCGCGGAGAUAGUCUCGGUCGGCCCGGCCAAAGAGGCUCCGAAGAAGGACGACAACAAGAAAGACAAUCCGGACAAGAAGAAGGACGACAACAAGGGCAACAAGAACGAGCAGCCGAAAGACAAACAGCCUGAUCCGUCCGUUGUCUACUUUCCGCACGGGGCCUAUAGACUUCCUCCUCCACAACCCCUGUACUACCCCGGGCAUUAUCAACCUCCACCACCGCCUACGUACUACUAUGGAAGAAGCGUAAGCGUAGAAGAGGAUCCAAAUGCCUGCGUCAUCUGCUGAUUCGACGUUUUGCUCAGAUCUUUUGGAUGGGAUAAGUAGAUUUGGCAAAAGAGAAGAUCUUGAAAUCGGGGUCAAGUGUCUGAUAACUAAUCUUGACCGCUUCAGCUAAAAAUUAUUACGGCUUAGUGUCCUUGCGUGUGCAUAAUAAGCAUAUCAAACUCUGGGGCUGAUUGUUCUUUGAUGCUUAUCUGAGAAUUUUGAGUGUACUCUGAUUUUCCUCCCAAAGA